UAUUUAAGCGGCGCGCGCGCACGCGGCCCGGGCAGCCGAAGCCCGCGCACAGUCUCGCCGCGACACACCGCGCGACCAGCGAACCGCGAUCGAACGGCCUUGGAUCCACGGACCUGCGCGUAUUCUGCAUAUAAGCGGCAGCAGCAUGCUCCUCAACUGUGUGGUGCUCCUAGCGGCGGCGUGGGCGCUGCAGCCGGCCGAGACAGCCACGUCCCACAGCGUCAAGCUGUGCGGCCGCAAGCUCAGCGAAAUCAUGAGCAGGGUCUGCCACGUCUACAAUAGCCCCUCUUGGGGUGACCCCACAGUAGUAGAGCAGCCAGGCAUGCGGCGGAAGAGACAGGCAGGCAUCGCAGACCAGUGCUGCACCUUCGGCUGCACGUGGGAACAGCUGAAUGAAUACUGCGCCAUUAGUUCUAAUUCGGAGGCAACACUAAGCGAGCUGAACGCGCACAGCAUGGAGUACAAGCGCGCCGUGCAGCCGGCCGGCGCGCCGGCCGCCGCCGAGUCGCCGCCGGCGCCGCCCGAGGUGGGACGCCGCAGUCGCGGGUACGGGCGCGGGGGGGCGCGCUGUUGGUGCCGGCGCAAGCGGCGCUCGGGCCGACGGCGUACUCUCACGGGUAACAUGGUCAGAAAGCAAAUCAAUGACAGCCCAGAGCCCGUCGUGGGAACCGUGUCCCCAGUGCUGACGUGGGGGCGGACCCUCAACACAGAUCUGCCCCCCAUGGAGCGCGACCGAUACAACUACAUUGCUGUUUACUCGUAGAAACUAUACAACAAGAGUUUUUUUUAACUUGUUACAGUCAAGAAGCUAGCGAAACUCAAAUAAGAGUUUCAACUUGUUGCAGUCAAGAAGCUAGCGAAACUCGAAAGAGUUUUAACUUGUCAAAGCUAAGAGCGAAACUGGAGGUGAAGAGAUACAUGUUUGUUCAGCGUCCGUCAAGACAGCGUGUCGAGUAGCGAAGCAGUCUCAAGACGGGACAGCAAUGUUUUCGGUUAGAACCGUAGAUGAUUUAAAAAGCACGCUGUAGCUUUUCGUAGUGUUACGCCGGUAAUAAAGAUGUCAAGAUGAGUAGAUGUCAGCACUUAUUUAUGAUGGUGCGAUUACCUUUUGGAGCUUCGCUGACGAGUCGAAUGUAUUUAGAUAAUAUUUAAAUAAUUAACAGUAAUUACAUUUCUAAAAGGUACAUGAUAAAACACCAGGUACCUAGAAAUUAGCUUGUAAAAAUGUAGACUCUAAACAUUAUUUAAAAGAUAGCCACAGCCACGUAGAAAUAUAAUAUGAAUGCAAUUAAAUUACUAGUGCGUAAGUAGGUAUUUUAGUUAAUAUUUUUAUAUUGUAUACAUUUUCCUUUACAAAAAAAUCAAUAUCAGCAAUUUCAAAGUCAACUGAAACUUAACAAUAGGCACUAUUGCUGUCGUUAAUU